UGCAGCGGUGAGUGGAUCUAACCGCAGAAGAGGACAUUUUCUCCCGUUACCCAUCCAAUGUAAUACCCACCGGUUCUUCUGGAGAGGAGUUCCUCUAUCGUCGCGCUCGUGCUCACCUCAUUUGCUCUCUCCAGCAAUAUUUCUCCACAUUCAGAGAAUAAUGAAAGCGCCCGCGACUAGAUGCGCACUCUUCCUCGCGCAGAUCGCACUUCUCUGUAACACAGCGGAUAUAUCAGAAGCAUAUGGAUUCAGAUCACAGAAGAAGCUCUCUGAGAAUAUAGACUGGUCGUAUGCGGAUCUGGGUGUUAUUGGAGGAACUCUAAACCAAAACAACUGGGCCAAGAAAUACCCAUCAUGCAACAAUGCCAAACAGUCACCUAUAAACAUUGAGGAGAGCCUGACGCAGGUCAAAGUUCAAUUUCAGAAGCUGAGAUUAGAGGGCUGGGAGGAAAAGACGUCAGACUACACUACAGUCAAGAAUGAUGGCAAAACUGUGGCCAUCGAUGUGGGAGGAGAGUUCUACGUGAGUGGAGGGGGGCUCAGGUCCAAGUUUAAGGUGGGACGCAUCACUUUCCACUGGGGCCUAUGCAACGCCUCCUCUGACGGCUCCGAACACGGCAUCAAUGGAGAGAAAUUCCCCUUGGAGAUGCAGAUAUAUUGUUAUGAGGCAGAUGUUUUCAGUGACCUCGAUGAGGCCCUCAGAGAAGGAGGAAAGAUCACCGCAUUGGCUGUGUUGUUUGAGACAAGGAUUGAGGAUAAUGAAAACUAUUUGGACAUCAUUGACGCAGUCAACAGUGUCAGCCGUUACGGAAAGAGUGGCCCCAUCUCUCCCUUCACCCUUCAGGGUCUCCUCCCCAACUCCACAGAGAAGUAUUUCAUCUAUAACGGCUCUCUCACCACCCCUCCCUGCUCUGAGACUGUGGAGUGGAUCGUCUUCAAGAACACAGUCGCUAUCUCAGACGUUCAGUUGGAGAUGUUCUGUGAGGUGAUGACCAUGCAACAAGCUGGAUACGUCAUGCUCAUGGACUACUUGCAGAAUAACUACAGAGAGCAGCAGGAGCAGUUUAUGGGACAGGUCUUCUCAUCCUACACUGGCGUUGAGAAAGUCCACACUCCUAUUUGCAGUUCAGAGCCGGAGAAUGUGCAAGUCAGCCCUCAUAAUUACACCAGUAUGCUUGUGAUUUGGGAGAGACCGCGGGCCGUUUAUGACGCAAACAUAGAGAGAUAUUCCGUCACCUACCGCCCGAUCCAGGGAGAUGAUGAAUCUGCCUUAGAAUACUUGACUGAUGGUGACCAGGAUGUGGGGGCGAUCAUUCAGGACCUGGUGGCCAACACCAGUUACAAGGUGCAGGUGGUUGCCGUGUGCACCAAUGGACUAUAUGGCAGAGUGAGUGACCAGCUGACGGUGGACAUGCCCCUGGAUGAUCCUGACCCUGAGACAGAAUCAUUUGAGUAUGACGAGGAAGAUUAUCACAUCAAUCCCUUUUUGGUCAGACCGGACUCGAAUCAGCCACUAUAUCCUGUACGAACCACAACAGCCCGCUCAAGAGUUACUACAACAGAGCAACCGGUCCAUCCAGUCUUUGGCAUUCAGACAACAACACCAAAGACUCAUGAAAGAAGACUCCCGGUAGAUGACUCCCAGAGAAUUCAAGAUCAUUAUGUUCCAGUGACAUAUACAGAUAAACCUACAGUGAAAUACACAGAGCAACCCACCACCCCCACACCCAUAAACGCCUCUUUUGUUGUAGAUGUACACACAGAUAGACCAGAUACUAGUUCCAGAGUUGUAUCAGGAGUGUACUCAGAGUCUGACAGUAGAAGUAGUACCUUCACAGAUUCUCCAACAACUACUGUCACCCCUGAAAUAACAGUAACAUCAGCAUCAAUAGGCAUUUUGGGGGUUGAAGGAGUGUCUCAACCUGUAACUGACUCGGUGACUGUAGCCCCACUAUCUGAAACCCCAAUGGAAUCAACUUCCUCUCCUUUUCCCUCGGAGGUGCCUCUGCGGCCUAACUUGCCUUUCCCAACCACUGCCGCUUUCAGCACUGUUCUGUCGCAGACCACCCAGCCAGUGUUGAAUGGUGAGAGCGCCCCCUCUGUAUCUGACACCCUGUCCUACGUGCAUGCAAGUCCUGUGUCCCCUCAUUCCUUCAACAGUCUGUUGUCUGAGCCCAUCCCUGACCGAGACGUCCUGUACACUGUUUCCAUGCUAGUGUCUGGUGGUGAACAGUCUGUCAGCCCCUCCCCGUCCUACCCUACCCUAUUCCUCACCAGUUCUGUGUCCUAUUUGGACAUGGAGCCUGUCUCUAGUGCUGGUUGUAAUGAUGAUGAUGAUGGUGAUUAUGAUGUUUUGUCUGGGUCUAUCUCGAUUGACCCCCAAUGUGGAAGUACUUUUCCCCCUCAAACAUUACCGGAAGCAACUGGUUCUGUUAUCUCGGUGCAUCCUAGCUCUGAACACGACCUUCCACACUUCUCUGAGACCCCCAGUACUGUCUCUUCACUGGAAAUUCUUACAUAUCUCCAGCCUUCGGUUCCUGUCUCUAGCGACUACUCUCUGAUGACGACGACCCUUGACUCAACCGCUUCUCUCUCAGGUAGCAUUGGGGACUCCAACUUGUUAGCUGAGUGGGUAGAUUCCUCUCUGGUAGCUCCUACUUUUAGCCAAGAUGGUGGCUUUUCCAUACCUACACACUCUGCAGAUGGACAGCUGGAGAGCAGUGCCUCGGGCUCGGCUUUAGAUUUAGACUGGAGUCAGAGCUCGGCAUCAGGAGAAGAGAGUAACGCCCAAUACGUCCCUAUGGCCUCUCCUACAGAUGGACCUCCUGAUGAGACAGAUGAUGGGGGCGAGGAACACUCAUCUUCCUUCUAUUUUGAGGGUGAAAAUGGUACAGAAAGUGAAGCCAUUGAGUCAAGGGUUACCAUGCUCCCUAGCCCGUCCUGGACUCUAGGAAGAGGUGGGGAAGAGGAGAGCGGAUCAGGUGAAAGCCUCACAGAUAAUGAGACAUCUUCAGACUUCAGUAUCCCAGAGCGCACUGAGAGGGAUUCAGAGAAGGAACCAGUGGAAGAUGCCAAUAACAGCAGUCAUGAGUCACGAGUGGGCCUGUCGAGCAGCAUUGAGCAGCAGAAGAAAGCUGUGGUUUCUCUGGCUGUGGUCUCCACUCUCACCUUCCUGGGUCUCAUCUUUCUGAUCGGCAUUUUUAUCUACUGGAGGAAAUGUUUCCAGACUGCUCAUUUCUACAUAGAAGACAGUACAUCACCCAGGGUGAUCUCCUCCUCACCAAUGCUGAGCCCUGCAGGUGCCCAUGAACCCCAGUCAGUGAAACAAUUUGUGAAACACGUUGCUGAGCUUCACAACACCAACUCAUUUUACCGAGAGUUUGAGAUAUUGAAAGAAUAUUUUGAGGAGGUUCAGACUUGCACCGUGGAUCUUGGAACAACAACGGACAUCUCUAGCCAUCCGGACAACAAGAAUAAGAACCGAUACGUCAACAUUUUAGCCUAUGACCAUAGUAGAGUGCGACUUGCACCCUUGACAGACAAAGAUGGAAAGAGUGGAGGGGACUACAUAAAUGCCAACUACGUGGAUGGUUUUAACAAGCAGAAAGCCUACAUCGCUGCACAGGGGCCUCUGAAGUCCAGCACAGUGGAUUUCUGGAGGAUGGUCUGGGAGCAAAAUGUGGGAGUGAUCGUCAUGAUCACAAACCUGGUGGAGAAAGGAAGGAGAAAGUGUGAUCAAUACUGGCCCCUGGAGCAUCAGGAAGAGUACAGCAGUAUUUUGGUUACUGUAAAAAGCACUAAAGUCCUCGCUUACUACACUCAGAGAACCUUUACCAUCAGAAACACCAGCUUAAAGAAGGGUUCCCAGAAAGGUCGUAGUAACGAGAGGACAGUAAUACAGUACCACUACACACAGUGGCCGGACAUGGGCGUACCUGAAUACGUCCUGCCUGUACUUUCAUUUGUCUACAAGUCCUCAAGAGCCAGUACAGAUGACAUGGGUCCAAUGAUCGUACACUGCAGUGCUGGUGUGGGCAGAACAGGGACCUACAUAGUGCUGGAUAGCAUGUUAAAACAGAUUAAAGAACAGGGGACAGUUGACAUUAUGGGCUUCCUCAAACAUAUACGUACACAACGCAACUAUCUAGUUCAAACAGAGGAGCAGUACAUAUUUACCCAUGAUGCUCUAGUACAGGCCAUUUUGAGUCAAGAGACAGAGGUGCCAUCAAGUCAUGUUCACAGAUAUGUGAAUGACCUCCUGACACCGGGGGCCUCGUGCAAGACACGCCUGGAAAAACAGUUCAAAUUGGUGUGCCAGACAAAUAUCAAACAGAAUGAUUUUAGCAGUGCUCUGAAAGAAUGCAACAGAACAAAGAACAGAAGCUGCACCUUGAUACCUGUGGAGAAAUCCAGAGUGUGUCUGUCCACAUCAACAGAAGAAAUGUCAGAGUACAUCAACGCCUCCUAUGUCAUGGGCUACCGACAGAGCAAAGAGUUCAUCAUUACCCAGAAUCCUCUGGUCAGCACAGUGAAGGACUUCUGGAGGAUGGUGUGGGAUCACAACACGCAGGUCAUUGUUUCAUUACCAGAGACGAGUAGCACGACAGAAGAUAGCGAGCCAGUCACAUUCUGGCCCGGGAGAGAUCAGCCAAUCAGCUAUGAAACCUUCUCAGUAUCGUUAAGAGGGGAGGGCCACGUGUGCCUAUCCAAUGAAGAUUUGUUGACAGUGCAGGAUUACAUUUUAGAGGCUACACAGGAUGACUACGUUUUAGAAGUGAAGCAUUACCGGGCUCCACGCUGGCCCAAUCCAGACAGUCCUAUCAGUAAUGUCUUUGAGCUGAUCAACAUCAUCCAAAAAGAGUCUGGCUCUAAAGACGGACCCAUGGUCAUACACGACGAAUAUGGUGGUGUGACUGCUGGAACGUUCUGUGCACUGUCCACACUAGUGCAACAGCUUGAGGCUGAGAGUGUGGUAGACGUCUACAUGGUGGCCAAGAUGAUCAACCUCAUGAGACCUGGUGUCUUCACUGACAUUGAUCAGUAUCAGUUCCUCUAUAAAGCUAUCCUGAGCUUGGUCGGCACCCAAGAAGAUGAGCAAGCUCUUCAGUCCAGCAACAACAACGGCACAGCCCCAGGAGACGUCUCGAGCACAGCCGAGAGUCUGGAAUCCUUGAUGUAACCAUAGUGAUGAGACUGCACAGGAAAAAAAAAAAAAAAAAAAAUUUCUAUCAAAGAAUGCUCUUCUGUUUUCCCCCAAUCCCAUCUUUGAACUGAUAGCACUCUGCUGGAUGCAGUGCAACCAUUAAAUGUGUGCCUUUGUAAAUCACUCUAAAUUUUUAUGCUUAAAAGUAUAGUUUACCCAAAAAGGAAAAUUCUGUCAUAAUUUACUCACCCUCAUGUUGUUUUAAACAUGACUUUCUUCCUUCCAUGGAACACAAAGGAUAUGUAUGGGAAAAUGUUAGCCUCGGUCACCAUUCACUUUCAUUGCAUAUUUUAUUCCAUAAAAUGAAAGUGAAUGAGAUUGAACAUUUUGCCAAACAUCUCCUUUGCAUUCCACAGAAGAAAGAAAGUCAUAUGGGUUUGGAAAAACAUGCUUUCAAGUAAAUUGUGACAGAAUAAAAAAAAAAAUCCAAUUCUGGUGAACUAUCCCUUUAACUAAUUGUGUCUUUCUUAAACCAUAACCUUGUGCUAACGUCUUACUAAUGUCUUCUCAUAGAGUCUUAUAUUUAUUUGCUUAAAAGCUUGUUUAAAGGGAAAACAAACCUUUUUUAAUAAGACCGUUUUUUGAUUUUUUUCUAUUUUUUUGUAGUAGCCAAGAAUGUUAGCCACGCCUUUUUUCAUACAAAUAUAAAUACAAAGAAAGUGGCAAAAAAUUUUCAGCAGUCAUGGAUAAGGGCAGGAAAUAAUAUUCUAAUGUAAAUAAUAUUACAGCAACCCAUCGAUUGACCAAAUUUCUAUUUAUGUCUAGAAUUUUAUAAUUUACCAUCGAGGCACUAGUGCUUUAAGAUAUGGCUGCAUUAAUUUAGUCAACACAUUUGAAAUAAUGUUUUAAUAUUGCUGAUGUCUCAAUGUUUUGUAUUGUUCCUUGUGUAAGAAGCAUACUGACACUGUUUAGCUGUACAAGAUGUUUAUUUCUAUUCAUAGGAUUAAACGAAAGAAGAAAGCACACAAAUAGAGUGAUCUAUUUAUGCUGGGGUACUUCUUCUGUUUAGAGAUGCAUCAACACAGCAAGGUGUUUUGUCAUAACUCCUCAAAUUCUGUAUUGUGUUUAGUAGAGGUCUGUGGUGGGAAUGUCAGCGAUGAAAAAUUCUGUAUUGUGCAUAAUAGAGCUCUGUGGUGGAAAUGACAGUGAUGAAAAUGUAAUUUUUUACGUAAAAAAAAAAAAAAAAAGAAAAAAAAAGCAGACUCUUUUGUCUUGCUUAGGCUUAUUUUAUAGCAUAUAUCUUAAAUACACACAAUGAAAUAUUUUUACACUUUUUCAUAAUUUGGCAAAAAUGCAGCUGAAUUGUAAAUGACGCAGAAUAAAAAUAUUCUGUGCAUAAGUGAUAGUUAUCAUUGAUCCUCAAACAUUGCUUGUCUCAUGUCAUCUCAAGCAAAAACUAUUCUAUGAGCAAAAUUGUUUGGUGUGGUGGAAAUAAUGCCACAACUGUGGGGACAGCCAUGUUUUGAAACAAUUGAUAGAAAUAAUAUUUUAAAAUAAAUUUUGAAAUGGUUUAUUUCACUCUUAGUUAAUUAGUUCAUUCUAAUGUAUUUUCUCAGUUUAAUAUUGAAAGUCUGGAUCUGGGACAUAAAAGACAUUUGAAAAGUACCAAUAAUAAAUGCUGAAGGCCUGGCAAAAAGUUUCCAAGUCAAUUUUAAUGUGACCUUAUCACAAAAGAAAAAAGUUGAAAUCUGUUUGUUUUAAUAAAAAUAAACCCAGGUUGAUGAAAUUGCCUGAAGUUAAUGAAACUCCC